AUGGACGAAUUCAAUGCAAACUCUCUUUCUUGUUUAUCAAUCCUUGAUGGUGUUCGUGGAGAAGAUUCUUCGAACAGCCACAAUCCAACUCUCACAACUACUCAUGAUGAAACUCAAGCACAGCACCACGGCCAGGUUUCUUCUUGCGUGAAUGUUCCUUCCAUCCAAAUUAUUGAUCACGCUGAUGAUCAGUUCAGAAAUCCCAACAACAACAACAACCAACAAAUUGUUCACAACAACAAUCACAGCACAACAACAUUUGGUUGUGUUCAACAGCCGUCCUAUGCAGUGUCCUUUGCCUUUCUUCCUAUUUUCAUUCCAGUGAUGCCACCUUUUCCACCGACUACCAACCAACAUGUAGGCCCUUCAUUAUGCAAUACUAAUGUUGAUAACGACGAUCACGAGGAAGAGGACGACGAUGAGCACGACGAUGAGCACGACGAUGAGCACGACGAGGACGACCACGAGGACGACCACGAGGACGACCAUGAGGAGUAUCACGAGGAUGAGCAUGACGAGGACGACCAUGAGGAGGACGACCAUGAGGAGGACGAGGACGAGGACACUACGGAGCAGCCACAGCCAGAGUUAUCAAAGAAGAGAAAGCAAGAGAGUAGCGUUCACACUUCUCGUGGAAGCAAAAAGAUCAAGAAAGAGGCGACAAGUAGUGAUGACGAUGACAUUAAUCGAGUCGACAAACGAAAUACAUAUCUUGAAUGGGAAUUGCCAUCCAAGGAAAUACCAGAGGGUGAUAUUGGUGUGGAAAUUCGAGUUUAUAUCUCUCGAAAAACUCAACACCAAGCGAAUGCAACAGAUGGUAGCAAAGCCACCCCUCUUUGCAAGUAUCGAUUUACUGUUACUGAAAUUACACAAACAGAGGAUCACAAAAUCUAUGUCAGCCAAAUUUUCCAGAAAAUGGAGAACCGAAUGAAAUUUCCUGCCAACAAAUACUUUUGGAUUGAAAUUGGCAAGUCCACUGAACGUAUCUUUGUCUAUUGUCAAGGUAGGGGCAGUGGGUCGAAAAAAGCUGUUUCCAAACCACGUACUGAACAGGACACAGAGAAGCAUGAAAACACAAUAACUAACCAGAAAAAGAAGACCAAGAAUGUUGUGUCCAUUGCUGUAGAUGGAACAGUUAGUCUCAGAAAAGAAAUUUUGAGCGCAUACUCAAAACAUACAUCCAACGCCAUUUUAACGCUUGACAACGAAUUGUCGACCACAUCAGCUUCAAGUACUUCAUCUUCCAAUGAAUACUUGAGACAGAUCAACUGA